CGCACUGCGCAGGCGCGGCCGCACGAGGCGCCGCCGCUCCCCUCAGGCGCGGCCCCGCCAUGUCGGACCGACUGGCCAAGCCCUCCUGCCUCAUCGUCGCCAGCGCCGCCGCCGCGGGUGUCUCAGCCCAGUCGUUCCUUCACUGCUUUACUCUGGCCAGCUCUGCCUUUAACCUGCAAGUGGCGACUCCUGGGGGGAAGCCCAUUGAUUUUGUGGAUGUGAACGAGGGCAACACACGCUGGAUCCAGGACUUCCGCAUGAAAUCCUAUGCCAACCCUGCCAAGCUGGAGUCCAUUGAUGGGGCUCGGUACCACGCCCUGCUGAUCCCAAACUGCCCCGGGGCCGUGACUGACCUGGCCAACAGCGGGUACCUGGCCAAGAUCCUGCAGCACUUCAGCACUGAGAGCAAGCCUAUCUGUGCUGUGGGACAGGGAGUGGCAGCUUUGUGUUGUGCCACCAAUGAGGAUAAGUCCUGGGUUUUUCAGGGAUACAGCAUGACAGGGCCCUCUGUGUACGAGCUGGUGAGGCAGCCAAAUUUUUCCAGUUUGUCCAUUAUUGUGGAGGAUUUUGUGAAGGAUUCUGGAGCUACAUUCAGUGCCAGCAGCCCAGAUGCUGUCCAUGUGGUGCUGGACAGGCACCUGGUGACAGGACAGAAUGAGAAUUCCACCCUUCCUGCUGUCCAGAACCUUCUGAUUCUUUGCAACGUCAGGUGAGUGUGUGGUACCAGUCCUGUCCUGGCUGUGCACUAACAGGUCCUGUCAUGUCUGGGUGUGUUCCCUUCAGCAGGAAAUGAAGGAGAAGGUCUGUUUGCAAAGAGGAUGGAUGAAGAGCCAGCAGGCUGAGGAUUUCCAUGGCUGUGACCUAGAUAAAACAUCCCUCUGAACCCCUGUCCUGGACUCUGAAGUGACUGUGGCAGGGAAGUGGCAGUGCCAGAGGUUCUGUGUGGAUGGAAUGGAUGAAGGUUGUCAGAAGAAUCUGGGACACCCCAUUACAUUUUUGCUGCUCCAUUUUCUCACUGCUUCUCUAGACCCUCAGUUUACAGAUGUGGGGAACUGUAUUGUCAAAACCUCCCAAAAGUUGGUGCUGUGAAUACAAAUUGCUGAAGCUGAAGCCCUUGCUCUGGGUUGGCAUUGUACUGGUGCACAGCGUGCCCUUUCUUGUUCACAUCACUGGGAUUGUGUUUAAAAAGUUUGCUCAGCUUUUUUUUUUUUUUUUUUUUAACAUGGUCCUACAAUUGUUUAUUUGUUCUCCUUUGUGCUGCUUAUGUUGUGGGUUUUGUUCUCUUGGAAAUACUCCUCUCUGGAAGUACACUGCUGCUGUCUCUUGCUGGAAUUUUGUGGACUAGGGCGCUGAAAAAUGCAGGUGGCUAAUGUGGGUCCCAUCUCAGGAACCAGCUGUAGGGUGGAGUCUGGACUUCUCCUUCCUUCUGAGCUGGAGGUGUGGCUUGAAGCUGAGCAUGGAAAGCAAUAAUCAGUCAGACUGAGAUUUUUUUUUUUUUUUAAAGUUGUUGCAGGCUCAAACAUACUUAAUAUAUUGGAAAGUAGAUAAAUUAACUUUCAGAUAAUUGAUUUUCCUUCCCUCUUGGAAUCAUGGGCAACAUUCCUCCAGUGCCCUAAAGAAAUGGGGUUGCAUUUUUGUUCUCUUACUAGGAUAUUACAAUAUUUUGGUUCUAAUAAGUCAUCGAGUACACAAAUUCUGUCUUUUCUGUGGAAAUCCGUUUUAUAAGCUCUGUCUCAAGAAUUCAGUGUGGUUUUAAAAGACAGACUUUGGGUCUUCUGCUGUUGCAUUCUGGACCCCAUCUUAGACACCUUUGACAUUGAUGGAAAUUAAAAGCAGAGUUUAAAUUAAAAUUGGACUUUGGUAGAAAUUAAAUUAUCAAUUAGCUUUGAUAAUUAAAGUCUUCAUUCCUGAGAAUCCAUCUUGGGGAUUUGAUGUUGACACCAUCAGGGAAUUCUUUCAGUCUAGAAAGCCACAUCUUGUUUGUGAAGUAGAAGACUGUAUUUCCUUAGGGACUGUGUUUCUGUGGGAUUUUGCCAAAAUUGCUACAUCUUUCACUGCUUACCUGUAAAAAUAGAACAUUGGUGUCCA